UCCACCACGACGAAAAGGACGUUUACGUACGUUUGCACAACGAUUUUACUCGGCAAGAAGACAAGCGCAGGGUCCUCAGCAUGGAGCGCAAUCGGCAGCGCCGCCCGACAAAAGUCGUCGAUCGCGAUGACAUUCAAGCGUUCUUGAAGCGGCAAGCGCAUUACGAAGAGACACGCCAGCACCACCUCGAGGAACCCAGCGUUCCAGACCCUGAAUGCAGGUUUACACCACAACUAGACAAGAACUCGAGGCACCUGUGCGCAUCUGCCAGGACAUUAGAGGCAAGGCUGCACAGAGCGAAGGAACGGCGCAGCUCAAAGCUUCAGCACGUGCUUGCCGGGGACGCGACCACGGCUGCAAAACCGCCCCGACAAAAGAGUCUUGCAGAGCUUGAGCCACGGUUGGCGACAUUGAGUCGCCCGAAGCCGGUCAUCGUUGCUGUGCCAAGCGAAUUUCAAGUCGAAUCCAAACGCCCUUCCGCCGUCGACCUCUAUGCUGUUGAAGCAUUCUAUAACAAACAGCAAUCCACCCUCAAGACCAAGAAGGACCGACUGCUACGUCAUGAGUUUGCAUCGAUCUUGGACGAGUAUCGUUACAUGGCACGUCAUGCCAUCAACACGUCGUCGCGCCGGCGUCUAUCGCCGUCUGGCAAGGCCGCCGCCCCUGCGUAA